CUCACUCGAAGCUGUCGUAAGUCGCAACGUGGUAGGGAAGUGGGGGAACGUCGCACCGUCCUGCCUCCCUGUCUGUUGGCACGUUUCUUCUAGCACGUUCGGAAUUUCGGCCAUUGGACCACCGCUGAGCCAACUUCGGUAUUUGUCCGCUCAAGAAAUUGAUAGCAUUUUUGCUUCGUAAAAGUUUUACGCCGAAAAGAUGGCGACAAGGACCUCCAUGCUGACCAAAGAAAAGGUAUGGUUAGAAAAGCCAAUCUACGACAGGGCAGAACGGCACUAUUUUGAGCAUCUCGCCAAGCUUGGGACAUGUUUCAAGGUGGUGUCUCGUAAGAUCGCGGGAGGCUGCACGCUUAAGUCUGACAGUUCGAUAACUGACAAGUGCCAAGAUCUAAUCAGUACUAAUACGUUGAAAUCUAAGGCGGAAAAGUCGAAAGACAACAAGCUAGCUCACGAGUCGAAUGAAUCGAAUAUGAAACGUUCCAAGUGCCAAGGGAGAAACGCGAAGAUCAAUAAAGACGCCGCGGACGUGUGCAACAUGCAGAAUAAAGAGAACGCAAAGACGAGCGAGAAAUUCGAUAACGCUUCUCCGUGCGAGAAAUCGAAAAAGUAUAACGCGAAAGAGGCUAAAGAGAAAAGGAACAAGGAAGAUACGAGAAAUAAAAAUAGGGGAGGUGGAGGAAACGAUGUCGGGGGAAAUAAAGAAACUGCAGUGCCAUUCGCGAGGAAUAAAGAACAAUUGCCCGACCAGGGAACCCAACAGCCCAUUUGCCCAAUCUUGCCUGCUGUUGGAAAUUUGGCCAAUGAGGUUGCGAAGGCUCGGCAGCAUAUUAAACAAUCUUUACUGUGUAUGGAUGACAUUGCAAUAAUCGCUCAUAGCGCACAUCAAGAUGUUACACCUCGUGUUACAAAACUCGAACAGGAAAAUGCGACUCUGCGAUCUAUCAUUGAGGACCUGCAGAGUACCAUUGACAAAUUGGUGAAUGUUGUUGAAACUUUGGGAGGACGUGUGGCAAGCCUCGAAGCACGCGUACCUUACAUAGCAGUUUGUCCUGCUAAACCCGAGGGACCAAAGCAUGAGCAGAAGCAGAGCAAAGAAAAAGAUGAUGAAGAUGUUGAUCUGUUUGGUUCCGAUUCAGAGGGAGAAGAUGCAGAGGCUGCCAAAAUUAGGGAAGAACGACUUGCUGCGUAUGCUGCCAAGAAGUCUAAAAAGCCAACCAUAAUAGCUAAAUCAAGUAUCGUCCUGGACGUGAAACCGUGGGACGACGAGACUGAUAUGAAAGAAAUGGAAAAAGAGGUGCGGAAAAUCGAGAUUGAUGGUCUCCUUUGGGGUGCUUCUAAACUCGUGCCGCUUGCUUUUGGUAUUCACAAACUACAGAUUUCGUGCGUCGUGGAAGACGAUAAAGUGUCGGUAGAUUGGUUGACGGAACAGAUCCAAGACAAAGAGGAUUACGUGCAAAGCGUCGAUAUUGCAGCUUUCAACAAGGUGUAAAGAAACUAGAACUAAAUUAUAAAAAGUGCGCGGCAGUAUAGUCAAAAAUAAGCAUGGGUCUAUGUGCCAUUUCUACAUUCCGUUAGUAGUAUUUGUAAUCGAAAACUGUUUAUAUGCGCGUUUUGCCGCAUUAAGUCAAAAGAUAAAGAUAUUCUAAAACUAUUUGAUGUUACUACAAUCUGACUGUCUAGAAGCUUGCAAAAUAUGAAAAGCAGAUUCAACAGUAAAUUUAGCAGAUUUAGAUCAAUUAUCACGUAAUUAAGUCUAUUUGAUAUUAUUGACUCUCGUGGUAGUGUAAAUGUCAAAAUUUGUCUUUCUAUCUUUUAUUUAUAUAUAUAUAUAAUAUUUGAAUAAAUUGCAGCAGAUUGUUUUUACUAAAAGUAAAGUUAUCUUUUGCCAUUUUAUGUUCUCAUAUUGUUAUCUUGAAUAAAAAAAAACAUUUGGCCAAUGCAAUACA